AUGGACGUCUACAAGGACAGCAUUUGCCCCGUGGGCGACCGCAUCGGCGAGUGGAGCCGGAACCGCUGCCAUCACCUGCCAGGAAGCUGUAUCCGCGUCUACCUCACGUGGAUCCCCCGGAAGGAGCCGUGCAAUGGAGAUAGUGCCGAGAAUCCCCAGAUUCUGUUCAACACGACAUGCUGGGGCAUUGGCAGGGCUUGCUACAACUCCAUGAAGAUGGGCUCCAUCCACAACCACCACAUGACAGCGGUGGAGUCUGGCUCGCAAGACUACUUCUCCGUGAAGUUUAUCCGCACUGCCGCUGCCGAACACGGCAACAAGUUUGAGACGGACUUCUUGAACAUCCCUCACAUCAAGGACAGUGUGUUCGUGGGUGUUUUGCCGGAGAACUUGGACAAAAAGUCCACGGCCAUGUCCCAGUCUAUCCUGUUGCCACAGAACGAGCAGUUCCUGGUCACGGACUCCAUGUGGGUGAACAUGGGCAAGUCGCCUGUCUUCAAAGGCUGCUCGAAGUGUUGGUCCUUUGUCAAGUGGCGCCAGGGAGCGAUCACUUACCGCUUCAAGGGCCUAGGCUUCACCAACGUCACCAAGAAAAUCAAGGUUUACAAGAAGGACAUCUUCUGGGACCUGGACGGAUCCCUGACGGGCACGGCGAACUCGUACACCAGCUGGGCAGACACGUUUAACCUGGGCCACUCGGGCUGCGUGUACACGCAGAUCCGCUACAACACCUCGGAGGAUGGAUCGGUGGGCGAGAGCACGUGGUACAGUGACACGGAUAUGAUCUCCGACGAGCCCUCCAUCUUCUCAAGCAGCCCCGAUCUCUACCAGCACGAAGUCCGGAACCACACCUUCAUGACCUGCACCACGCCCAUCCGGAAGCUGGGCAUCGCCUGGCCAGAGCCGCAGGAGGUCUUCCUUCGGCAGCUCACGGUCACGAACCUGGACACAGGGCUCUUCCAGCAGCACGAGUUCGAGAAGUUGGAGCUGGUGGGCUGGGGCUUCCCUGUGGUGGCGAACCAACGCCUGGCGGUGCGACCCAACUUCCUGGGCAUGGACGUCACAGAGGCAGGCAUCCAGUACGGCUUCAACGACCUGAUGCAAGCCAAAGAGAGCGAUGCGAUCAAGAACAAGCAAGUCGUGGAGCCGGAGUGGCUGCAGCUGCAGGUGGAUUUCUGGAUGGACUACGACCAUGUGAAGCUCACCAACCCCUACUCCUGGUGGGCAGGAACUCGCUAUGGCGAGGCAGCCGAGAUGCAGGCCUUGAACCUGGAGGAGAAGAAGCCUUACUUGAUGUCUCCGGAGCCGCUGGACUCGCCCUCCACCCUGCCCUCCAUGACCCACGGCAUGAAGGAUCAGAAGAGCUGGGCCAUGAACUUCCGCUUCCCCAUUCCAUCCGACGCAUCCUGGGAGACGAUUCCCUUGGGCGCCCACUUCGAGGCCAGGAAAUGCCCUGAUGAGGGCUGCAUCUUGGAUUUGCCGGACCGGAACCAGAACUGGUCGACCUACAUCCUGUGGAGCGAGAAAUUUGGUGCAGCCACUGGAGAAGCUAUUGAGAUUGAGUCAGCAGACUGGAUCAUGUUCGACAUGGACUCAGUGAGCUUGAAGAACCUCACCAUCAAGGGCAAGUUGUCUUUCGAUGACAGCAGUGACCGCACCUUGCGGGCAGGCAACAUCCUCGUGUGGGGUGUCCUGGAAAUCGGCACCGCGGAGCGGCCCUUCGGCCAGACCACGGGCGCCAAAGCCUACGUCCAGCUCUCGGGCAACGUCUUGGACACCGAGGAGUAUGUCUACAUCCAAGAGCAGUCCCUCUGGGGCAAGGUGAUCUCCGUGAUUGGCCAAGUGAACACUUAUGGCGCAACGGUGGCAAACACCUGGCUCCGGCUGGAAAGCAGCAUCGAAGCAGGCGAGAGUACCGCCUGCCUGCGCAACACCACUGGGCCCAUCGAUUGGCCCGCGGGCUCGGAGGUGGCCUUCUCCGUGACGGAGUUCGACAGCCCUUGGGGCAGAACCUUCACCCGGACGCUGUCGAGCAACGCGACCUAUGACGGCGCAAGCGCCUGCUAUAGGAUUGAGUGGACGGGGCAGCUCUAUGAGAAGCGCUUUGCAGAUGACAUCCAGGUGGAUGACGCUGGCAAGAAGGUGUCUCUCCGUGCUGUGGUAGCCCGAGUAGAUCGAACCGUCAACAUCCAGUCUGCUUCCAUCGACACCACCGGGGGAAGCGCUUACGGCGGUCACAUCGAGAUCUUCGACUUGACGCUGGAUGACAUCGUGCAAAGCAAAUGGGUUGGCACGGUGGACAUGAAGUACACCCGGUUCCAAAAUCUGGGCAAGGGCGCCUUGUCUGCUGCUGUGAAGGUGACCUACAGCUCCAACUUCGAGCCGCCACCAGUGCUCAUCUUCGAUGGUUGCUCUUGGACGAGCUCUGUGGAGUACGCCCUGCACUUGGAGUCCUCCAACGUGCCAGUGCUGAUCACCAACAACGUCAUGGUGCAUUCCUUGAACGGCGGCAUCUUCCUGCAAGAUGGCAGCGCUGUGACAAUGAAGGACAACGCCAUCCUCGGUGUGAAGAUGGCAGACACUGCGCCAAGGGCGAUCGCGGAGGAUGACUCGCAAGUCAUUGUCAUCCAGUAUGCUGGCAUCCGCUGUGACACCAUGCCCGCGCGCAUGAUCGGGAACUUGGUGUCGGGCUCCGAAGAUAUGGGCUUUAUGCAUCCAGCCGAGACGUGCCCUCCCCGAGCGAUCUUCAACAAUGAGGCGGUGGGGGUUGUCACAGGAGUGUUCCUCCACACCCAGAAGGCGGCGAGUUGUCAGACCAUCAACCUCUACACCAUCUGGAAAGCCGCACACGUGGCGCUCUAUCUCUCGGAUGUGAUCCCCUCUCAGACCAUGCUCUCCAACAUCGUAAUUGCAGACUCGCACAUUGGCAUCAUCCCCUACAUGAGCGUGGGAUCAGCCUUCAGGAGAUUGUUCCUCCGCAACACCACCUUCAUCGGCACCUCUCCUGCCGGCACGUCCUGUACUUCGUCCAACUUCUGCCGGACGCAGACCAUCACCGAUCCAUACGCCGACACCUGCGGCUCCAUGUUCGUGGGCGCAGAGCUGCGGCGUGUGGGGUUUGUGACCCCCAUCCAGACCAAGAACAAGAAGUCCUGCUGGACGACCAAGCCGGCAUACGAGUGCCGGCUGAUGUCCCCUGCGCAGCCGAGCAACAAUCCCUGCCAUCAGCCCUGGGAGAAGGACAUCCACAUGCAGAAGGGCCUCGGCUGGACCUUCUUCGAGGACACCACCUUUGCGUAUUGGAAGAGCUCGGACUGCGACCGAUCGGAUCGCGCCAUCGCUCCGAACAUGUGGGGCGCAGAGGUGAACUUCCCGGCAAGCUUCACCAGGACCACCUGGUAUGAGUCCGACCUGGAUGCUCGUUUCGAGCUGAGCACUGACCGUCUGGAUGCUUCCUACAACAUGCGCGCGAGCCCCUGCCGCAGCAGCGGCGGAGGCUGCAUGGGUUUGGAUCAGCUGCUGCUGCAGGAUACGGAUGGCACCCUCACAGGCACGGGCGCAUCGCCCAUGGCCACGGUAUUGCCUUUGACACCAAGAACGGACAUUGUGUGGGCGCCCUUCUGCGAAACCACCCUGCAGGGCACGGAGGUGGGGGCGCAGGUUUGUGCCAACACCACCGUCGACCUGCUGGAAAUGGUGAACUUGGACCGUGGGGCAAAGGACAUCAAGUUCGGGCCGCUGGUGUUGACCCCGGACACGGAGGAGAACAACGGGUUCCAAGCUGGGGUGUUGAGCAGAGCGUGGGGCCCUUCUAUGCCUCCUGCCCAUGCGGUUGGGAUUUCUCCUUCUAUCACAUCCUCAUCAAGCCAGACACAACCUACUAUACGGAAGUCAUGUCCUUGCCGGAGAAUUUCAGGCUUCGCUACUGGUCCCCCAGGCCAGACGACUCCAUCCUGCUGGAGAUCUUCUACCCGGACUCCCGGGGCGUGA